AGAAGUAUAUGAGCGCAUGACUCUCGUAUCAGAGCCCGUGGGAUUGGUUAUGUUUAGGAUAAGAAUAUCAGGGCGAGCCAAUCAGGGUUGAGUCUUUCCCUACAAUCCUGCAAAAAAACUCGCAGCCCGUCUACGUUCUUCGCUUGUACGGAAGCGCUGUUAGACAACAACAAGAUGGCAUCACACCCGGGAGGAGGCGACCAAGGCAAUACUAAAGACCAGUUACGGGAAGUAGGAGUCAUUUUGUUAACAGAUUUCAUCUUCAAGCGGGUUCAGCGUCAUGGAGACAGCAAUACUGAACUGACCAGGGCCCAGCUGGGUGGAGGAGAGCUGUGCGACCCAAAGCAUAAGGAGCUCGCCCAGUGCCUGCAGCAGAUUGGAGAUGAGUUGGAUGGAAAUGUAGAGCUCCAAAGGAUGAUAAACAGCUCAUCACUUAGGCCCACAAAAGACACGUUUUUGCAAGUUGCCCUUGAGAUCUUUUCAGAUGGAAAAUUCAACUGGGGCAGGGUGGUUGCACUGUUCUACUUUGCAUGUCAACUCGUCAUCAAAGCUCUUGUGACCAAAAUUCCUGAUAUCAUUAGAACAAUAAUCAACUGGACCAUGGAAUACCUCCAAGAAAAUGUGAUCAACUGGAUCAGGGAGCAAGGUGGCUGGGAGGGCAUUCGAUCCCACUUUGGCACACCCACAUGGCAGACGGUGGGAGUUUUCUUGGCCGGUGUACUCACCACUGUUCUUGUCAUUCGCAAGAUGUGAGGGGUUUGUGAAGAGAUAAUGAAGAAGAAGUACGCCUGUGGGAAAUGGGGACUAGAACGUGAAAGAGAACAGAAGUUAUGGCAGAGUGAACAAGUUGAACAGGAAUGAGCUUGUAUUUGGA